AUGGAGGAUUUCCCAUCCAUGGGGGAGGAGCUGGACCAAGAGAGUAUUGCAAUGCAUGAAAGGCAGUCUCUUCGGAAAUUCGUCGAGACCGAAUUUGCCAAGCAGUCUGCGGUCCUGAAAUCCAUGGCCAACCAGCUGACCUUGACCAUCUCGGACACUAUCCAGUCCGAGUUCGCGAGGGCAGAACGGGACCGUGCAGAGCGCGAGUCCUCAACCAGGGACCGGGAGCUCAUGCUUGACCGGCCACCUUCUCCGAAGGCAGUGAGAAUGGAGCUGGCAGCAGCCGAGCAGCGGAUGCGCGGCCAGCCAUCGGAACGCAGCAGCAACGGCAUUGCGCCCAACAGCACUCCGCCCAGCGGCACUGCGCCCAGCGGCGCAGCGCUGCUGAACCCCGCGGGGAGCGCCAGCACGGUGGAGCGCGUUGGCACAAUCGCGCCUGCCGCGUCUCUUCGGCCACCAUCACCCGCACCCGUGCCAAGAGCCAGGGAGCAAGGCAAAUCGACGGCGUUCAGCCAGGAGGAGCAUGUCCACUACCGCAAGAGUGAUAUGGUCAGCAUGCGGUCCUCCAUCGCCGAGAGCAUGAACAGCUGGGAUUCGAUCUAUCAGCACAAGCAAUUUCGCGACUCACGGCGCAAGGUAAUCGAUGCUGCCCGGAAGUUGUCCGCCAUCCGUGGGAACUCCUUCGUGUUAGAUGGUGAACUGGAGCCGGAGACACCAGACCCGUGGGCGCUGCGGAUCGUCCAUGCCUCUUGGUUUCGUGCCAGCAUCCCGGUGGUCAUCCUCACAAAUCUCAUUCUCCUCGGUGUGGAGGUGGAUGCCUCGGCCAGCCUACCGCCCAACCAGCAGCUAGAGGGAUUCCACAUAGCGAACUUGGUUAUCGUGUGUCUCUUCUUUGGCGAGAUUCUUCUUAAGCUCAAGGCUUUCGGCUGCCACGAGAUGUUUUGCGGCAGCGACAAGUGGUGGAAUUGGUCGGAUUUGGUGAUAUUCAUCCUGUCCGUCUUUGAGAUUGUGGCGGAGGCGGUGGCAUCAGCGAUGUUUUCCUCGGAGAUGGAUCCUAGCCAACUUCGUAUGAUGCGCUUCCUCCGAUUCGUGCGCGCGCUUCGGGGAGUUCGAGUCGUGCGCUUGCUUCAGUAUCUCAGCGCUCUCCGAACUAUCGUCUUCUCCAUCGUGAGCACCAUGAGUUCCGUUGGAUGGACUUCGCUGCUUCUGGUGGUUCUCUUUUACCUCUUCGGCGUUCUCAUCACCCAGAUCUCCACGGACCACUGUCGAGACCUUUGGUACACCAGUGGGGAAUUCUGCGAUGACGAUUUGAACAGAUUCUGGUCCAGCGUCCCUCAGAGUAUGCUGACCUUGUUCUUAUCCAUCACCAAUGGUAUCAGCUGGGACGAGGCUUUGCAGCCACUGAGGGGCAUCUCCGACAUUGCGGUGGUCGGCCUCAUUGUUUACAUCGUAAUCACCGUUCUGGCCGUGCUCAAUGUAGUAACUGGUGUUUUCUGCAACAUGGCUAUAGAAAGCGCCCGAGCAGACAAGGACAUCGCCACGAUGCGGCAGAUGCAGAAACAUGAGGCGCAAGUGGAAGCACUGCGUGAAGUUUUCCGCGAGAUCAACACGGAAGGCCAAGAGGUGAUCGGCCUCGAUGAUCUGAAGGAAGCCAUGACACGGCAGAAGCUCCGAAGCUUCAUGCACGCGAUGGAAAUAGCCACCGACGACAUCGUCACGCUGUUCAUGUGUAUCGAUGCAGACGGCAGUGGCGACAUUACGCUCGACGAAUUUGUGUACGGCUGUAUGAACCUGGCUGGUCCAGCGAAAGGCCUCCAAGUUGCAAGGAUGGGCUAUGAGAGCACCAUCAUACGCAAAGAGAUCAAAGCCCUGCGGGACGAUAUGCGCAAGCUGAACAAGACCCUCGAAGCGCAGAACAUUGGCAGUGUGGCCCGACUUCGAGAGAUUCCAGCCAUGAUGUCAGAGUUUGGCGGGGCAGUCCGAGUUUAG